AUGUCAUUUGACAUUCCUAAUUCUUCUGUUGAAUCGAGCAUGGUUGGAAAUGGAAAGAGCGAGGCUACGUCGGAAUUUCAGUUCAUGCCAUCACCGCCACCAGCACCUUCAGCACUACCAGGUAGACGCAUACCGAUCAACGAAGUUGAACGUAAAGACCCAACAGAAGAGUUUGAUGACACUCCGAUUCAUAUUGCUGAAGCUGGCGCAAUUCGACCUGCCAGGAGCGGGUCGCAACGAUUUAUUCGGAGGUACCGCAUACUCGAAUUUGGAAGCGCUGCUAUCUUGUACCUCCUUGGUUUGGUUUUCGCGCGAAUUGAAGUGCACGAGCGUCCAAUUCCUUCGAUCAAAGUACGCUUGAAUGCAGCGGCUGUAGUGUGGUCACUUGACCCAUCUAUUGACGAAAUUAAACUGCCAGAAGAAGUCCCGAUGUGGCUUCUGUUAUCACUUGGAAUUGGUCUUCCAAUCGGAUCUAAUCUUAUCAUGAAUUACGUGCUACCUAGAAUUUGCCAAGUGCGAAUUAUUCCCCAUGAUACGCGAGAUUUCUUGCUGAGUUUGUUUCAAUCAACAGCACUCGCCACCUUUUUGACGCAAUUUACUAAAAACAUUACUGGACGCUUCAGACCAAGUUUCUACGACAUGUGCAAAUGGAAUUAUGAUAUUAUCUGGGAUGGAGUCACAGAUUUGUGUACGGAUGCUGCUGGCGACAAAGAAGGUCGAAAAAGCUUUCCAUCGGGUCAUGCGUCUUUUGCGUGGUCAUCAAUGCUUGUUCUGGCGCUCUACCUUUUGGGUCGAUCUCGUCUUAACAGUGCGAAUCGCAGUAACUCUACACUGCGAGGUGCCAAAUCGUCUUUUAUGCUAUUCGUGUGCUGCUCCCCUAUCUUACUCGCCGCUUGGAUUUCUAUCACUCGCUGCAUUGACAACUGGCAUCAUUACAGUGAUAUUCUGGCUGGUUCGGUCAUUGGAUCAGUGGCUGCAAUCUUCGCGUUUAGCUACAAUUAUGGGUCAAUUUUUAGUCAUGAUUUGGCUGGGUUGCCCCUCGAGGAGAUUCAUGAGCGCCGCAUGAUCAAGGCCAAAAAGGCCAGAAAUGAGCAACUUGACAUGUCGCCAAUGCUUGGCUACGCCUUUGAAUCCAGGCCACCGUUUUUUAAGCAAGUGUCAAGUGACUACAUCGUCGACCUCAGUAAUCGCAGCCAAGAGUCAUCUCUUCAGUAUCAAUCUUAA